CAAGUGAAGCGACCAACCUCAAUUUUUGUUUGUUGUGUGUAGUUUACUGAUUUUAAUACAGUUCUAGUGCAUACUACAAUCAAGAGGAGUGUGCAAAAACAUAUUUAACAAUGGAUGGUCCUCCCGGCACUGGGCCAUCGAACGAUGGCCCAAUGGGCCCACCGGCGAUGGGAAGUUUUCCUCCGAUGCCACCGCCUCCGGGUUCCAUGCCUCCCGUUACUAUGCCACCAGGAAUGCCCCUGAGCGGCAUGCCUCCCGCUGGAAUGCCCCCCGGUGCGAUGCCUCCAGGCGGAAUGCCUCCAAGUGGCAUGCCUCCAGGAGGAAUGCCUCCGAGUGGCAUGCCCCCUGGUGCAAUGCCUCCGGGAGGAAUGCCCCCAGCCGGAAUGCCGCCGGGUGGAUUGCCGCCUCCAAUGGGUCCACCUGGGACCAUGCCGCCGGUAAGCUCAGCUGGUGGCCCAAAUUUACCAAUGGGACCACCACCAGGAAUGAUGGGGAUGGGACCACCACCUGGAAUGGGUCCGCCGCCAGGAAUGGGACCUCCUGGUAUGGGAAUGGGUCCUCCGCCAAUGGGACCACCCGGUAUGGGUCCACCGAGGAUGCCACCUGGAAUGAUGCGCGGUGGACCAAACAUGAAGGGCAACUACAAUCAAGGAAUAGAUAUGGGACCGCCUGGAAUGGGGCCCCCACCUAAUAUGGGACCUCCAGGCAUGGGUCAUUGGGAUAACCAGGGUCCUCCACCAGGAUGGGGCAGGCAGGGAAGAGGGGAUGGGCCUCCAGGUUGGGAUGACCAUGGUGAUGAGGGUGACAAUGAUGGCGGUGAAGAGGAGCAGCAAGGGCCACCACCAGGACCACCCCCCGCAUUACCAUCCUUGCUUACAAUGAAGAUUGACACUCCUGAAGAAUUCCGCAACAAGCCUGCUCCAGUGGGAGGGGUAGUUCUUCCAAAGGCUUUGGAAGAGGCUCUUGCAUAUAAAGACCAAAGACAAGCGGCUCUAGGUAGUGAAGGUCAAGAGAAAGAACAAGAUGAAGAGCCAGAAGCCCCACCGGCACCAGUGAUCAGCACAGAGUAUGACGCAGAGGAAGAUGAUGCAGACUCGGAUGAGGGCAGACCUGAAACUCCCACGCCUCCGGUUAUCUCCAAACUUGAGGGUCAAAGUAGAGUAAACAAGAACAAGCGCAAGAAAAAGAAGAAGAAGUUAGCCAAGCAGAAGCGCAGAGAGGAUGCCAAACAGAAGCAAACAGCCAAGGAGCCAGAAUCAGACAGCAAGAAGUCUAGUGACAAAGAAAACGAAAAAGUGGCUGAGAUUGAAUACAUUCAGGAAAGUAUCCAGUUCCACGAGCUAGAGCCAAUGUACCGGCAGUUCCACCGCGUGCUGGAGUCGUUCCGGAUCACGGACCAGAAAGAGGAGGUCAAGGAGGAGAAGGAAGCCCCGCGCGCGCAGCCCAAGCCGCAAGAGAAGGUUCAGGACCAGUUCGCGGCCGAUGAAGAAGCUGUCGAGAAAAGCGCGGCUGAUGAGAAGGAGCGGCUAUCCAAGCGUAAACUGAAGAAGCUGUCCCGGCUGUCGGUAGCGGAGCUGAAGCAGCUCGUGGCGAGGCCGGACGUGGUGGAGAUGUACGACGUGACGGCGCGCGACCCCAAGCUGCUCGUGCAGCUCAAGGCGCACCGCAACACGGUGCAGGUGCCGCGCCACUGGUGCUACAAGAGGAAGUACCUGCAAGGCAAGCGCGGUAUAGAAAAGCCGCCAUUCGACCUUCCAGACUUCAUCAAGAAGACUGGCAUCAUGGAGAUGCGUGCGUCCUUGCAAGACAAGGACGACCAGAAGACACUCAAGGCAAAAAUGAGAGAGCGCGCCCGCCCCAAGCUCGGCAAGAUCGACAUCGAUUAUCAGAAGCUGCAUGACGCUUUUUUCAAAUGGCAGACGAAACCGCGCAUGACGAUCCACGGCGACCUGUACUACGAGGGCAAGGAGUUCGAGACGCGGCUGCGAGAGAAGAAGCCGGGGGACUUGUCGGAAGAGCUGCGCACCGCGCUGGGCAUGCCCGUCGGGCCUGGCUCGCACAAGGUGCCACCGCCGUGGCUGAUCGCCCAGCAGCGCUACGGGCCGCCGCCGUCGUACCCCAACCUGAAGAUCCCCGGCCUCAACGCGCCCAUCCCCGACGGCUGCGCCUUCGGCUACCACGCCGGCGGCUGGGGCAAGCCGCCCGUCGACGAGACCGGCAAGCCGCUCUACGGAGACGUGUUCGGACACCACGCGCUAGGACCAGACGAUGGAGAAGACCAAGAUAUCGACAGAACAAUGUGGGGUGAAUUGGAAUCAGAAUCCGAAGAGGAAUCUGAAGAAGAGGAGUCUGAAGGCGAGGCCGAGAAGGGCGAGGAGACGACGGCGGGGCUGGCGACGCCGGGCGAGGGCCUGGUGACGCCGCUCGGCAUCAGCUCCGUGCCGCCCGGCAUGGAGACCCCGGACACCAUCGAGCUCAGGAAGAAGAAGGUCGACAGCGACAUCGAGGGAGGCGACACGCCGGCGCUGUACCAGGUGGUGCCGGAGCGGCGCGUCGGGCUGACGGCCGGCAUGAUGGCCUCCACCCACGUGUACGACCUCGGCGCGGCCAACCCUGGCAAGCGCACAGCAGUGGGCGCGGGUGCGGCGGCGGCCGCGGCGGCGGGCAGCGCGGGCGAGGCGGGCGGCGUGGACGUGGCGCUCGACCCCUCCGAGCUGGAGCUGGAGCCCGAGGCGGUGGCCGCGCGCUACGAGCGCCACCUGCGCGAGAGCCGCCCGCGCGCCCGAGAGGACCUCUCCGACAUGCUCGCCGACCACGUGGCCAGGCAGAAGAACAAGAGAAAACGACAGCAAAACACAGACUCGAAGACGGCAAAGAAAUACAAAGAAUUCAAAUUUUAA